AUGGACAGCCCAUGGGCAGCCAGCCCAUGGGCAGCCCAUGGGCAGCCCAUAGGCGGCCAAUCAGAGCCCUUCAACGGGAACCAGUGUACUCCUAAACAAUCGGAACCAGUGUACUUAAACAAUGAUUAUCUGCUUUGGAACGGGCAAAGUACCGGCUAAUAACCCUAACGCUAACCCUAACCCUCACCCCUAGCCCACAUGAUUCGUGCUGGUUGGCGCUGGUGGCUAGGUACAGGGAUAUAAUGUGCUGGUGGCUAAGUUUUAGGUUGAUAUGCUGGUGCGGAGAUCUAGGUUGAAGCGCCCGAGGUGGGCACUUCACGGGCACUUCAUGGGUGGGCCGGCCCAUGAAGUGCCCAUUGACGGCCCGUGGGCGGUUUGGCAAAACUGCCGGUAGUUUGGGAGAUUGGAAGGUUCAGGCAAGGAACACACAACAAACUGUUCUUCGCCAUGUUGCGAUUCCUUCGUUGGUGAUGAUUGAUUACUAUCUUGUACCGAAGAAGGGUUCCUCUCCGUCCGCCCCUCCUGCGGUGCUUGCCUUGGGUUUUUCACGCGAGAAGAGUGCCGCUUGAUUGAAUAGAUUUCGUGUGUGCCGAGACGACCGCAGUUAACCGUGCCGGGCAAUUUCCUUCGACCUCAACCACCGUUGUGGGGUGCAGCAGCUCCUUCAGAGGCCGAAAGACAAAGAAAAAUGGUUGACUACCGUUCGUUGCAUCAUUAAUAACGUGUGGCAGGUGUGAUGGGGAGGCCAAGAGGGGCCCCGCGAGUCGUCUCCAUCACAAAUACCUACAUCAUCCAAGAACCCCAACUUCCUCCGCUAGGCGCGAGAUACGUUCUACGAAACUCACGAACUGCCACGUAAAACGGCGAAAACUAUCAAAACCAACGUUUAUUGUUUUUCUUUCG